AUGACUGCCCAAUCUGAUGACAAAUCUCGAGCUUUGGCAACCUACAAGCGAAAGUUGACGGAAUGCCGUGAAAUUGAGAAUAGACUUAAAGAUCUUCGUGUUAAAGAACGGGAAUCACAAAAAUUAUUUGACAAAUCAGAAAAUGAUAUUCGAGCUCUCCAAUCUGUUGGGCAAAUUGUUGGGGAAGUCUUGAAGCAAUUAACCGAAGAUAAAUUUAUUGUUAAAGCAACAAAUGGUCCUCGUUAUGUUGUUGGAUGUAGACGAUCUGUUGCCAAAGACAAACUUAAACAAGGUACUCGUGUAGCUCUAGAUAUGACUACAAUGACUAUUAUGAGACAAUUACCUCGGGAAGUCGAUCCUCUUGUUUAUAAAAUGAGUCAUGAAGAUCCUGGAAAUGUUGUCGAAUUACCUUUAAUCAAUCCAGAAUUAUUCAAACGUGUUGGAAUUACUCCACCAAAAGGUUGUCUUCUUUAUGGACCUCCAGGAACUGGAAAAACUCUUUUGGCUAGGGCUGUAGCUACUCAACUUGACUGUAAUUUUCUUAAAGUUGUUUCUUCAGCAAUUGUUGAUAAAUAUAUUGGAGAAUCUGCACGUAUGAUUCGUGAAAUGUUUAAUUAUGCCCGGGAUCACCAACCUUGCAUUAUUUUUAUGGAUGAAAUUGAUGCUAUUGGGGGCCGCCGCUUCUCUGAGGGAACUUCUGCUGAUCGUGAAAUUCAACGUACUUUAAUGGAGUUACUUAACCAAAUGGAUGGCUUUGAUUCUUUGGGAAAAGUGAAAAUAAUUAUGGCAACGAAUCGACCGGAUACUCUGGAUCCAGCUCUUCUACGUCCAGGCCGAUUGGACCGCAAAAUUGAGAUUCCUUUGCCGAAUGCACAAAGCAGACUUUCUGUUCUUAAAAUCCACGCUCAACCAAUAACCAAACAAGAACCAAUCGAUUACGAAGCAAUUGCUAAACUUUCCGAAGGCUUUUCUGGCGCGGAUUUACGUAAUGUUUGCACAGAAGCUGGAAUGAAUGCAAUUAGAAAAGAAAGAGAAUAUGUCAUACAAGAAGAUUUCAUGAAAGCAGUUCGCAAAGUUGGAGAAGCAAAAAAAUUGGAAACAAAGUUGGAUUAUAAACCUGUUUAA